CGCAAAUACCCGUGCACAAUGUGUGACAAGCGAUUCACCCGGCCUAGCUCGCUGGCCUGUCACAAGCGCACGCAUACCGGCGAAAAGCCCCAUAUGUGCAAGGAGCCGGGCUGUGGCAAGCAGUUCUCUGUGCAGAGCAAUCUCCGGCGACACAUGCGAAUCCAU